AUGGCGGCGGAGUUAGCGGAUGGGAAAACAGCAGAGAAUACAUGCUUUGGAUGUAACAACCGAUGGAGCGUAAGCGCAGAAUACUUCUGCUGUAUACCCGGUUGUCCGGGGUGUAAAAAAAUAAAGUGCUCCACAAAAAACAGAUGUCAUUGCAACGUUUGCGACUGCGGGUGCCAGAAUGAUGAUGCGGUCAGAGAAGGUAAAAAGCGUUGUUACGAGAGCACAUCUAACGGUUGCGCCAAAUGCAAGGAGAUAUGCAACACCGAAAAAGCGGGAAAAAGAUGUAUAUGCUUCCUUUGCAACUGUGGAUGCAAUGGCGUGAAUUGUGGCUGCUGUACUUGGUGUGAUUUUAACGACUGUUCUGGAGUAUGCAACCGAGAGGACAAACACAGCGUAAAGUGUAAGGAAAACAAACAGAGCGGAAGCAAAGACUAUGAAUCGGGCAAGUAUUACUGUGACGAGCACUUAGGUGGCGAUUGCCUCGGCAAAAAUUGCAACACAAUCUACUACACCACCGGCACCUGCCGCGCGAAGUGCCAGUACUGCGGCACAUUAUGCGGCCAACAUGUGUUUUUCCUACAGUGCACCAUAGGUGGCCCCGUCAUUGGAAUCAUACUAGUCAACAUCGUCGUCUGGUUGAUGUGGCGUGACAAGGCGCUGAAGGCAGUAGAUAAGAUGCGCCGCUCAUUCGCCAACCGCCCCGGACUAUUCAAAACACGCUGGAUGGUACGGGGAUCCAUGAAACAUUGA